AAGAGCUUUUCUACCAACCAUGAUGAACAACAACCACGGUCACGUUGUCACGGUGGCUUCGGCAGCAGGUCAUUUUGUGACUUCUUUCAUGGUGGCUUACUGUUCAAGCAAGUUUGCUGCAGUUGGAUUUCACAAAGCUCUGACAGAGGAGCUGUCUACCCUGGGAAAGGACGGAAUAAAAACUACGUGUCUUUGUCCGGUUUUUAUAAACACUGGAUUUGUCAAAAACCCCAGUACGAGGCUUGGAAAGAUUUUGGAGAUUGAAGAAGUUGUAGAGGCCCUGAUGGAAGGAAUACUGACCAACCAGAAAAUGAUUUUUGUUC